CUUGGACGGUGUCACUGUGUUUGGCUCAGGGUUAAACCUUCUUUCUGACUAUCGUGUUCCUUCCUGUGUGCAUGCUGUAGCAUCCACGGCAGAUCCGUCUGUUUGUUUACUGUACUACUAGAGCCACUGGUGUCCAGAACCGCACCACCACCUGCUGACAGGGUCUGUACGCUGUGCGUGUCGAAACGAUGUUGAGAUUUCCCCGUUGUGUUCAGCGCACCAGCGUCAGUGCAGGUGCAGUUGUAUCAGCUAGAAACAAGGAUGUUUCGACUGAUCCCGUUGUCACGGGAAAACAUCAUUCUCCAGUCUCGGCUGCCGUGACUCGAAGUGCGUGCACUUCCAUUCAGAAACGCAGUUUGUCGACUCGAAUCGGCCGCGGAAUUACGCAAACACACGUUGCCGAAGCGUCCAGUUUCUCCGACAGCGAUGCAUUGGCCAGUGGAACUCGUCGCCGACCUCAGGCCAAUACUCGCAGUCAGCUGAAGGACAGCCGAGUAGUGGUGGUGAAGCUGGGAAGCGCCGUGAUCACCCGGGAAGAUGAGUGCGGCUUAGCCUUGGGUCGGCUGGCAUCCAUUGUUGAACAGGUGGCUGAGCUGCAAGGAAAAGGCAAGCAGGUUGUUCUAGUGACCAGCGGUGCUGUGGCGUUCGGCAAGCAAGUCAUAAACCAGCAAAAUCGCUUGUCGCAGAGCGUUCGGCAGGCCAUCAACUCUGGCAAGGAUGGGACGUUUCUGGAGCCGCGCGCCUGUGCCGCCGUGGGACAGUGCGGACUCAUGUCGAUGUAUGAAGCCAUGUUUUCGCAGUACGGACUUGAGACGGCACAGGUGCUACUCACGAAGCGUGAUCUGACAGGCAGUCAGAGUGAGAAUUUCCAGGCGACAAUGUUCGAGCUCAUGAAGAUGAACAUCAUACCGAUCCUGAACGGCAACGAUAGCGUGGCAGCCCCGCCAGAGACCGGCGCUGAUCUGGAAGGAGUGCUCAGCGUCAAGGAUAACGACAGCCUUGCCGCCAUUGUAGCUGAUCACAUCAACGCCGAUCUGCUGGUGUUGCUGUCUGAUGUACGCGGCGUGUACACGGGCCCACCGGGCAAGGCCGACUCGCGCUUCAUGGAGACCUGCUAUCUGCCGGCACAGUCGGCCUCGGACAACAUCGGCGUCACGUACGGCACCACGUCGCGUGUCGGCCUCGGUGGCAUGAAGUCCAAGUGUUCGAUCUCUUGGAUGCUACCAUCAUCGGUUGAGUCGGCGGUGUUCGCCCUGCACCGCGGCGUGGCCGUUGUCAUUGCCGACGGAACCAUGGCAACCAACGGCAACGUCAUCCUCGACAUUGUCAACGGGAAGCGAGUCGGCACCUUUUUCACCAAGGAGCUGCCGGCGGAUCAGCGCGAUGUGGCCGAUCAGGCAACAUGUGCUCGAUCGGGCAGUCGUAAACUGCAAGCAAUGAAGCCCAAACAGAGAAGCGAGAUCAUCCACACCCUGGCCGAUCUCCUGGAGGACAACUCGGCCGAUAUCCUAGUGCAGAACGAGAAGGACCUGAGCGCCGCCACAUCGCUGGCGCCCUCGCUCCGCGCUCGCCUGGAGCUUAGCGAUGCCAAGAUCUCCAGUCUGGCCAAGGGACUGCGACAGAUUGCAGAGAGCUCUGACCAGUACGUCGGUCAAGUCCUGUCACGGCGCGAGCUUGCCGAUGGUCUAGUGCUACGCCAGGAGACCGUGCCGCUGGGUGUUCUGCUGGUGAUCUUCGAGUCGCGACCCGACGCUCUGCCACAAGUGGCAUCGCUGGCCAUCGGCACGGCCAACGGCCUGCUGCUGAAGGGCGGACGCGAGGCCAAGCACACCAACCAGUACCUUCACGGGCUGGUGCAGCGCGCACUGAAGAUCCACGACGCCGCGGACGCAGUGCAGCUCCUCAGCAAUCGGGAAGACGUCGAUGAGCUCCUUAAGCUGGACGACAAAAUCGACCUGGUGAUACCGCGCGGCUCCAAGGAGUUGGUGCGCCGGAUCCAGGACGACAGCCAGGGCAUACCGGUGCUGGGCCACUCCGAGGGUAUCUGCCAUGUGUACGUGGACAAGGAUGUUGGCGACACGCAGCAGGCUGUCGACAUUGUUGUUGACUCAAAGUGCAACUACCCUGCUGCUUGUAAUGCUAUGGAGACCCUGCUACUGCAUCGAUCACACCUGGAAAAUGGGUUCAUGUCGCUGGUCGUCGAAGCGCUUCGCUCAAACGGGGUAACUGUCUACAGUGGUCCUAACCUGCGUAGAUCGGUGACAUUCUCACCCGCCCCGGCACAAUCACUCAGCUACGAGUACUCUGCCAAUGAAUGCACCAUCGAAGUGGUGGACGACGUGGUGAGUGCCAUCAAGCACAUCAACCACUACGGCAGCGCGCACACCGACACCAUCGUCACCAGCAACGGUCAAGCGGCUGAGGAGUUUCUGAGGCGUGUGGACAGCGCGUGUGUGUUCCACAACACAAGCACUCGACUGGCGGACGGAUAUCGUUUCGGAUUAGGUGCAGAAGUGGGCAUCAGCACGAGCAGGAUCCACGCACGGGGCCCGGUGGGAGCCAAAGGAUUGCUGACAACAAAGUGGAUUGCUGAAGGCAGCGGUCACACCGUUCAGCUGUUCAGCGACGGCAAGUACACGUUCACACAUCGCGAACUCUCCCUGGAGACGUCUGUAUGACGCCGCAGGGAGCCAAGGAGCAAGGAGCCAUAGGCUUGUAGUACCUUGUAUGACUUCAAUGAUGGGAAGCUAGUGCAAAGACAUAAACUAUCAUGUCCUUGUGUAGUCAAGUAAGCCUUGAAAGGAAAGUGUCCCCUCCCCUCCCCCCAUACCCAUCCACACAUGCAACCAUACUUAACAGGGAGCCCCUAGCCUUGACCAAACAUAUUUGAAGUCGCUGCCAUUGGUGUGGUUUUAUGGAAGCUCAGGUCGAAUGCCGACCAGUGAUAAUAUUGUUUUAGUGAUAUGACAUCAUCGACAUGUUGUGUUGGAAUGCUUAUCAGGUUAUUAUCUGUCCAUCAUGGUUAAAAAUUACUAUGGAGUGAUGAAUAUUGAGAUUCUCCUGGAUAAUAAUUAUUAUGGCGAUUUGAAUGUCAUCGUGCUGUAUUUAUCAGAGCUGCCUCAGGCUUUAUGCUAUUGCCAUGUUGCUUUCCGUGUACGCCUAGAUAAAACGGCUUGCUUCAUCCGCUACUACUACUACUAUGCACUAUACUCCUGAGCCUGUACAUAUUGGCUGUGUCCCCCAGUUCAGCACAUUUCCAUCUCCAUCGCAUAUUCACCUAGAGACAGAAGCUUAGAAACUUAUGCACUAGUGUAAUAGAACUUUAUUGAAAAUCCAUGGUAAACGUGAUCGGAAAGAUGAUAAGAAAAUUCAAAGUCAACACAAUGUCAUGCAAUUCAUGAUUACCGAGUCUCAGUCACUGUUAUCAAAGCAGAUCAGAAACUUAUGCACUGGUAUAUUACCGGUAUACAGAAUGUUUGGCCGUUCGUGUAUUUGUUAUAGUAUUACAACGUUUCGGCAAAUUGCCUUCGUCCGGUUCACAAUGAUGUGCAAGCUUUCAGUCCUCAUGCUAACUAUGGGAAUUUGUUGUAGAACCGUGCCUGCAUCCAACUCUUAA